AUGGCAGAGCAAAUGAUCGAAUUCUAUGAUGCUCCGGCUGAUCUGCAAGAGGGCGACUUUGAUCAAGAAGACCUCUAUGCCGAGUUUCCCGAUGAUACCGUCACUCCCACCCGAACGCCUGAACCACCCAGCGCCGCGCCACCCCGUGCGCAAGGUAUGGAGGAUCCACCAAUACCCCUUUCAGCCACCGUCCCGCUGUUUCGCCAUCCGCCAUCUGCCUCGUUGCUUUCUCCUCCUCCCCCUCCCUUUGCACCGCCUUUUGCCCUCUCAUGGUCUCAUCGUCUGUCUGACGACAACCCAGAAUACGUACCUAGCGCCAGUAGCGUCAGCGGUCGUGUCGCAGCUGCCCAAAACAAAUUUGUGUCAUCCGCGCCAGCCAAAAAAGCCCAGCCCAAGAAAACAGCCGCACCAGCUCGCCAGCCAACCCAGCGCGUUCGACCAGCUCAGUCCGCACAGACUGCCCCGGAAAAAGAGAACCCCGGUCGCGCUUUUGGCAACUAUCUGGGCACAGUCCCCGUUCGAAAUUCCAAGGGUGACGCCGUGGUUCUUCGUGCCUUCGACGCCAACCAAACCAAGCGAGCCAAGCUCGCUAAAACUGGACAUCCCGCGGCCAAAGGCCAGCCGGCUUUGGUGCAAAUCACGACCAAGGUGUUUCAGAUUGCCCUCAAGGGUGCCAAUCAAGCCUUAAAGCGGUGCCCCGUCCAGGAGGUUCGAUUUGUCAGCGUUUUAAACGGAGCCGAGGGACGAGACGUUGUGGCCAUCAUUACCCCAGCCCCGAAAUCGGACUGGUUCGAGUGUCACUUUGUUGAUGUGCCCGGUGGGCACGGUCUGCAGCUCUUCAGUGCUAUGCAGACGAACUUUGAACGCUUUCGCAAGCAAGGCACGGCCUCAACACCCUCGCCUACCCCGGCUGCUGCACGAGACAGUCCUUCGACGCGGACGGCACCCCCGGCAUGGCUUCGCGACGCCAAGAGCACGGGCAGUAGCAACACGACCGUCUCGACCAGCCAAUAA